AUGUGGCCUUUUCACAGAAAAUUAGGGCCAUCAGGUUUUUCGUCUUCCUCCACAGCAGAGGAAGUUACUCAAGGAAUUGAUGGGACGGGUCUCACUGCCAUUGUUACAGGAGCAUCUAGUGGUAUUGGCACUGAAACUGCACGAGUUCUCGCAUUGAGAGGUGUCCACGUAAUUAUGGGAGUCAGGAAUUUGGCUGCUGGUGAAGAUGUCAAAAAAGCAAUAGUUAAGGAAAUCCCAGGUGCUAAAGUUGAUGCCAUGGAGUUGGAUCUUAGCUCAAUGGCAUCCAUAAGAAAAUUUGCAUCAGAUUUCAAUUCCUCCCAUCUUCCAUUGAACAUCUUAAUUAACAAUGCAGGAGUUUUUGCAACACAAUUCAUGCUCUCCAAAGACAACAUAGAACUACACUUCGCAACAAAUCACUUAGGUCAUUUUCUUCUGACAAAUCUUUUGUUGGACACUAUGAAAAGAACAUCAUGUGAAAGCAGCAAGGAAGGAAGAAUUGUUAAUGUUUCAUCUGUAGCUCACCGGGCCUCAUACCGUGAAGGCAUCCGUUUUGAUCAAAUUAAUGAUAAUUCUAGGUAUGGCGCUUGGACUGCAUCUGGAUAUAGACAAUCAAAGCUUGCCAAUGUUUUGCAUGCCAACGAGCUUGCAAGACGUUUGAAGGAAGAUGGGGUGGAUAUAUCGGCAAAUUCACUCCAUCCGGGAGUAAUCACCACCAAUAUUUUUCGUCAUAACAACAUUGCAAACAGUCUUUUUCAUUGGCUUGGUAGAUUUGUGCAUAAAAAUGUUCAGCAAGGAGCCGCUACAACAUGCUAUGUGGCACUGCAUUCUCAAGUCAAGGGGGUUAGUGGUGAAUUCUUUUCGGACAAUAACCUAUCUGAGGCAAGCUCACAUGGUAGGGACAUCGAAUUGGCAAAGAAACUCUGGGAUUUUAGCAUGAAUUUGAUUAGAUGA